GCUGCCAUUCAGCAAGGCGUGAUGGCUUUCCUGCUAGGUGCUACAAACCGCAACAAUGGCAGUCGUGGACUUGCGAGGGUACCAAUGUCGGAGAAUACAACUAUCGGGUACUCUACGCAGAUCCUGUCUACUGUUCUGGCCAACACGAAUGAGAUGGCAGCUUUGAACUUCGCCCAGCAGACGGCUCAGUCACUCACAAAUAAGACAUCUGGUCUUGCUUUUGACCAAGCUACCAGUCUCUUGCCGACAUGGACUUCUGAUGCACGCCGGCCAUUGAUUCAAGUCAUGGAGGAACUUUAUUUUAACAUCACCAUGUCCAUGGCCAGUUCUCCAGCUUUGACAUAUAAUGCCAGCAGUCCGCUCGCUCCAGGACAGGUCGAUGUCACAUUCGACCUGUUUGGCAAUGUUUACAGCUACGAGUCGGACAAGCUGUGGCUCGCCUACGGUGUCGCGAUUGGUGUCACAGUCUUGAAUGUAAUGAUUGGCCUGUGGACUGUUGCGCGAACGGGUGCUUCCUUCAUGGAUAAGUUCUCGACCAUUGUUCGGGCCGCAAGAAAUGCCAACAUUGAAGUCGACAUGUUUGAAGAGAGACUGGCGGGCAAAGACCCAUUGCCGAAGACCAUGGCAAAGGCUGAGAUGCGGAUGAGGAAGGCGCCUACUCUGUCGCAAAUCAAGCACCUGGGUUUAGUGGCGGCCUCCGAGAUGCGGCGGGCAAAUGGAGAGUCCGAGUGAGGAGCAAUGAGUUGAAUGCCAAUCGGCUCGCUGGUCACGACGAAUAGAAGCAUAGGACGUCCUGCCAGCUUGAAGGGACCUGCUUGCCUCAUGAUUGCCAGAUGACACGCAGACAUGAUGGGACCUUCGAGAGGGAUUUGAGACGACACUCCUCACGCCGUUGCCAACGAAGCAUGAGUUCAAUCCGCUUGGGUCACUCGGGUGCGCGUCCGCCUCACCUCGUCAUAUAACUCAUAUUGGUGCUGCAUUUUGAGUUCGUAUUGAGCAAUAUGCAGGAAAUUCGAUGGCCGAGUGGCCCGAGUCUAGAAUCUCGCAAGGAUCUGGGUUUGUCUCUGCUCGAGACAUUGGAUGCCUGUCGCUUUGGGGGGUAUUGACCACUUCGAAGUUGAUCUCGAAUCAAGUUCUUUGGUGAUAUGCACUAACUUACUGUACGAACGAGAGUGAAGAUCUCGUUCUUGCGCAAUGAGUUACAGAUGCUUGGCAGUCGGCAGUGCUCCCACAUGGUGCGCUGGACACGAUCUAAAUCCAAUCAUCCAAGGACGGUAAUCGGGUCGAUGCUCCGAGACAGCGCUUUCAUAUCACACGUGCCAGCCUGAGUUGGUACACGACAACCACCUAAUCUGGUCUUGUUACCUGGUGGAAGCUGUGUAUCCAGCGUUGCUGGCAUUCAUACCACCUAGCAACCGCGAAUGAUCACGGCAACGUCUUGGCCACCUUACGCAGCUACAAGGUGCUGUAAUCGGCAUGAAGGUCUCCCUCGGGUUUUGGGAGCAAGCAGACAACAGAGCGUCGGGAGUUUCUAUGUUAGUUACUAAACGUGCAGUUGUGCGGUGGAUGCAGCUCGACGACCAUCGCAGCUUCCACGCAGAGAUGACAACUGCCCGAUUGACGAAGUUGAAGUGGAAGUCUGCCAGUGGAAAGAGUGGUACUUUCCCCAGCCAACCACAUCUUCCCGUCCAGAGAACAGCAAUGGUGAAACCGGACCGGCGGUGUUAGUGUGACACUCGCGCCUGUUGCGAAAUGGGUUCCGUCGGUGUUGAACGGACUUGGUACCUUCUAGC